GAUUCAGAUGAAACGCUGAUGUUGUCAGAGACAGAAACAACAGCAUCACAAUGCUCCUCUAUUGGAUCCUUUGCAGUAAUGAAUUAGGAAAGUCCUGGCUUAAACCAUGGGAUUAAGAUGAUUGCAGCAUUGUCAAAGAGCGCAUAUGGCAGUGGCACAUCAUCAUCGGCAGACAGGGUUUCUAACAUUCAUAAGGCAACAGAGACAGAAGAAUCUCAGGAUAUAUCCGUGCAUCUGCUGCAAUCCCUGGUUGAGAGAGCAGAGGAAAUUAAUCAGCUCACAAAGAAAGUGCAGAUUGAGAACCAGCAGCAGUUGGAGGAAUGGUGCCUACGUUCUGCAGAAAAUGAAAGGUUCAAAAGGGAGCAGGAGGCAAGGAGUUUUAAGGAAAAGAUGGCAACCCCCAGUCACCUCAGCUUGGACCACAGCUCAGCUUUAAUACUACAGCAGCAAAUUGUGAGUCUUAAGAAUCAGGUCGGUGAUCUUCUGGAGGCCAAUGAGGCUGCUGUUCUGGAGCUGGCAAAUGCAGACGAAGAGAUUUCACAACUGAAAAAUGAAAUGGCUCAGUUAAAAUCUGAAUAUCUGCAGAAGAUAAAAGAAUCCAAAGAAGAAAAUAAUCUUCUCAAGGAAAUGAUGAACACAGUGAGCAAGAGGCACACUCCACUAGCAACCUAUGAUCAGGACCUUCAUGAGGAGAUUUUUCAACUAAGACGCGAGUCCAGGAGGUUGAGAGAACUCUGUCACCAACUAAGUGAGGAAAACCACAGACUGAAAGAAGAGCUAUGGGAUGUUAAGAGAGAAUAUGAACGGCUAGCAGAGAUGGCAACAGCCAGAAAGAAAGGCCAGACCACAACAUUAAUUCCUUGGACUGAUCUUUGCAAAAAAGACACACAGACUAGAAUUCUAUCAUCAGUGCAGUAUGGCAGGAAAGAAGGUUUACAAACAGAUGAGACGAAUGGAAUUCCCAGCAGCAGAAUGGUGUCUAUACUCAAAGUUUACAGCCCCCAUGCGUGUGAUGAAAGGCAACAAGAAUGUUCUAAAAGCAAUGCCUCCUCAGUGUCUAUGAAUAGUGAGUCUACAGAGAUUCUGAUCACUGGAUACCAUGAUACAGGCUUGAAGAAAGAAUCUAAGAGAAACACAAAAGAUGGUGCAUGUGAGGAGAUCCCAGAACCGUGUGAUGAUGAUUUGUCUGCAGUCAGUCAGCAAAAUAGGACACAUCAUCAGAACUCUCUACAGCAUGAUGCAGAUAUAACAACAGGCAGCCUCUCUGCAAUGGAUACCUGCAGUAAAAGUGCCAUGAGCAGGACUCCUGUGGGUAAGAUGGUGUUACCAGGACGACCAUUUGCACCAAGAAAUGUUACAGACUUGAAAGUUGGAAACCUGGUGAAAUUCUCCCAUCCAGCAGGGAAAAUCAGUAAAGGAACAAUCAAGUACUUGGGGCACCUGCUUGGGAGAGAGGAUGUAUAUCUUGGGGUAGAACUGGAGGGCAGCGAAGGGGGAAAACAUGAUGGAACAUUUCAGGGAACACGAUACUAUCUCUGCAAACCUAACAAAGGAGUAUUUGUGAACUUCAGCAAGGUCAUUAUGGCAUGGGAAUAAUGAAUCCAGGACAAACCCCUCAUAUAAGCCUAUGGACUUUUACAGCAAGUUACUGGCAUGCUAUGCCUUUUGACUAUCUGCAAAGAAACUAAUUACAUUGUUAUACACAGUGCAUUUGCUAAAAGUCUAUUGAUGUAUUCUCUACACAUUUUUAUAGAAAUGUUUAUUUUAAAAUAUUU